UAAAGACUUAUCUUGCUCUUGGAACCAUCAAUGAGCAAUUUUUGAAGUAGAGGAUAGGUUUCAUACAGAAUAUCCUUUAUAUUUGUAGUUUUAAAGGUUCGUAUUUUUGGACACUUUUGGACACUUUUGUCCACUUUUGUCCACUUUUGUCCACCCUUAUUUUUGGACACUUUUGGACACUUUUGGACAGGGGUGGACAAAAGUGUCCAAAAAUGAUAUGCCCACCCUGGUAGAAGUAGGAAAUACUUUAUCCAAUAUAAAAAUGUUGACUUGUGGAGUACCCCAAGGGAGUAUCCUGGGACCACUUUUGUUUCUAAUCUAUAUAAACGACCUCCCUCGAGGAGUGACGGCUUUCAAAAUCUGGCAUUUUCGUUUUAUCUAGCAAAGAACGCAAUACCCUCAAAGCUGCGCUGCGUUCUUUACAAUACACUAAUUAAAAGCAAACUAGAGUACGGACUUGAAUACUUUGGGGGAAGCUAUGGUGUACAGGUUUUGGCCUUUCUCCAAAAGAAGGCAGUCACAUGGAUUGAAGGGACAAGAGCCAAAUCCCACACCAGCCCAAUCUUCAAGAAAUGGAAUAUAUUAAAGAUUGACGAUUUGGUACAAAUGAAACGGGUAGCAUUUAUGUUCAAUGGGGGAUCCCCACGAGGUUUCGUGAAUACAAAUUUGGAUUGCGACUGGGUAAAAUAUUCUAAACAAGAAAUCUUCACUUGAUUCAAAAUAAGCUUCAUGCAACAGAUUAUUAGCCUUUCCAGGUUUUAAGAAGACUUUUAGUGAGCUAACAUGUAUUCCAGACUAUCUCUGCAAGAGCUGCGAAAAAUAUUAAAGUCUAGAAACCUACGAUCACAAGGUCGGAAGGGGGAUUUAGUGGCCCGGCUUGAGGCUACCGAUUCUAUGACCGCGCAUGGGGUUGACCCUGAUCCAGUGAUACCACCCUCUGUCGAAAUGCCCGAAUUGCCAUCGGCAGUAUCGUUUGUUUCACUUCAUCUUGGCAAUGUUAUGAAUCUGCCCAAAAUUAGCAAGGCAACUAUUCAUGCAUAUGCCUUGUAUCGUCAAGUGAAUGAUAGAGAAGCCGCAGGAGACAACGCCGCCAUGAUUCGAGGGUCAAAGAUGGUUGAAAAUAAUGUUCUGGCCCUAAGCUUUGCCAUGGAAAGGCAAUUGUUUUUUUUGACUGGGAUUGUUGCGGCUGAAAUGAAGCAAACCACAUACAAUGUGAUGAUCGUCCUCAGCGAAACAGGACACAUGCGAAACUCAUGUUGCGAGUGCCCAGCUGGCCAAGGACCAAACUCAACAUGCAAGCACGUGGUAGCUGCAAUAUUGGUUGUACCCACGUACAUUGAAACGGGUCAACUCAAAAUCAAAGAGUCCUGCACAGAAAGUCUGCAAACAUUCCACAAGCCACUGAAUGCAUCUCGCGGAAAUCUAGUCAGAGUAGAGGAUAUGGGGAAAAGAUUGACCGAAUAUGAUGUUGACCCAAGAAAGGAGUGUUUCAAGAGGGACCCAUUUAAUCUUCCUCGAAUUCAAAUGGCCACUGUGGCGUUUUGUAAUAUCUCUGGUAAAGACAUUGCUCUUCGGCACACCUUUGGGAAGGCAUUUACCAUCCAGGUUGCUGCCAGCCAUGACCAUCUUUAUCUAUCGAGGCCCAUGACUGAAUACUAGGUUGAUUCCGCUAAUUUUGUUGAUAGUGUGACGUCAGCCCAAAUACAAACAUUAACAAAAGCACAAACCGAUUCAAAGUUAUGGUUUGAUGAGCGGCAAUGGAGAUUAACAGCAUCCAAGUUCGGAGAAGUAUGAGUUAUGAAAUACAUUUAUUCAGUAGUAUUUACUCUUUAAAUUUCUUUCAGAUUAUCAAAGCCACAGACAGAAAGAACAGGAAUGGAUUAUGUUCUAGCAUGUACUCUCCAAAGACAUUGUCAACUCCUGCCAUUUUCCAUGGACGGCAAAAUGAGCCAAUUGCAAUUCAAGCAUGCCAGGAGAAGAUGGGUUUUAUUGUUUCACAAGCGGGUCUUUUUGUGAAUGAGAAGUUCCCUUUCCUGGGCGCCAGUCCAGAUAGACUAAUCGGCGACAAGGGGCUUGUUGAGGUUAAAAGUCCAUUUCUGGGCAGAUUUGACCCAAUAAUGGCAGGAAAAAGAUUCCCUUACUUGAA